AUGCUAAAUUUAGUCCGACGCUUAUCAACUGGAACAUCUUAUGCAGCAAAGCCAUUGAUUAGUGUUGAUUUGAAUCGAUCACCAACUCAUCAGAGCAUUCCGCUUCAUAAUCGUUGGCAUCUAGAUAUUCCAAGUGUGAUUUGUGUUAAUCGUGGUGAUAUCUUUCAUAUUGAAUGUGUUGAUUGGACAGGUGGGCAAAUAGAAAAUAAUGAUUCAGCUAACGAUGUGAAAAAUGUUGAUUUAACACAUUGA